AUGUCCAAAUAUGAAUGCAUGGGCAAAAUGUUUAAUAUUACAUACGACUACGAGGUGCUCCUACGGAACUCGACCUUCUGCCUGGUGCCCCGCGGACGCCGCCUCGGCUCCUUCAGGUUCCUGGAGGUGCUGCAAGCCGGCUGCGUGCCCGUCCUGCUGGCCAAUGGCUGGGAGCUGCCCUUCAGCGAGGUCAUCGACUGGAGCCGGUCCGCCCUCUGGGCCGACGAAAGGCUCCUGCUGCAGGUCCCCGACAUGGUCCGCUCCAUCAACGCCUCCCAGAUCCUGCAGAUGAGGCAGCAGACGCAGCUCAUGUGGAACCAGUACUUCUCUUCCAUCCAGAAGAUUGUCUUUUCUACGCUAGAGAUAGUUGCAGAUAGAGUAAGGAGGCACAGGGCGAGGUCUCUGGCCGUGUGGAACUCCUCCCCGGGGGCUCUGGCUGUCAACCUCUCCUUCUCAGACUAUUUGCCGCACUUCCCCUUCUACUUAACGUCGCUGGGUAUAAGUCCUAAUCCAAGGUACACGGCAGUCAUCGCAGUCACGCACGGGGGCACAGGUCUAACCCAGACCACACCUUUGUACAAACUGGUCAAGAAUAUUGCCCGCAGCAAGUUUGUGGAAAAGAUAAUUGUGGUGUGGACAAGUAGCCAGGCCCCCCCAACGGAGAACCGCAUACCCGGAGGAAGUGUCCCAGUGCACGUAGUUGUGCCCCCCGACCGCUCAAUCUCGGCCCGCCAUCACCCACAUCCACUCAUCACGACCGAUGCAGUUUUCUCACUAGAUGAGGAUGUUACGUUAACCACUGAUGAACUGGACUUUGCCUUUACAGUGUGGCGGACUUUCCCGGAGCGGAUUGUUGGCUAUCCUGCCCGUUCUCACCACUGGGAUGAUGCCAAGGCUGGCUGGAGCUACACCAGCAGAUGGACCAAUUCAUACUCAAUGGUGCUGACUGGAGCAGCGGUCUAUCACCGUUACUGGCAACACGUGUACACUCACCAGUCACCAUCCGGUCUCCUCUCCACUGUAUCCACUACUAAGAAUUGUGAUGAUAUACUCAUGAAUUUCCUUGUAUCAGCUGUGAUCCGCCGCCCGCCCAUCAAGCUUACCCAGCGUAAACAAUACAAGGAUUAUUCCUCCGAAGCAAGAUGGGUGUGGACGGACCCCAGUCACUUCCACCAGCGCAGCGUCUGCCUGAACACAUUUGCUUCAUUAUUAGGUCAUAUUCCACUAAAACAUUCUAACUUACGCCUUGAUCCUGUACUCUUCAAGGACAAGGUAUCCAUGCAAAGGAAAAAAUACAGACAGAUUGAAAAAAUAGGAAGCUAACAAUAGUAGCUAAUUAGGGAAUACUCGGUAUUUAUAUUGUUAAUAUUGUGCAUUUGUUUUUUUACAUUUUUUUCAAGUGUCACUUAAAGAGGUCAUAAAAAAGGUGUCUAGUUAAAACAGUGUGACUAAACUUUUUAUUAUCAAUUUCCUUAGCUUUUCAUAGACAUUUAUGAUACUUUGUUACCAUUUCAUUUUUUUUAAUCAGUGUGAUAGCUAGGGGAAGUUGUUCAAUGCAAUGUUCAUGAGUUAGUGUUAAUGUUAGAAGUUAAAAGUAGAUUCAUGGACUGAGCUCUGGUGCCCCAGAAAAUAAUAUGCUCUUUACAAGAGCUUUGAUCCAUUCAGUUUUGGAAUGUAUAUCUAUGAACUUGACUGCAAGUAAGGAUAGCAUAGGACAUAUCAAAUGUGUGAUAUGAGUGAAGCUUGUUAUUAUUUUAUAUACGUUAAUAUUUAGGUUUUCACAACAAUAAUUUGUCACAAAAUGAAUACUGUAAUCAUGUAAUGUAUCCUAUCAUUAUUAUAUUUGGCAAACUUUUAAGAAAAUAUUGAAUUACUUUGUCUGAUUAAGCAGACCAGUCUAAUGUGAGUCAGUAGACAUUGUCUAUUUUUAAUUUGUCUCAAUAUUUGGUGGAAUAGUCAUGUUUUACAUAGAGGGAGUCACUCAUAUUUAAUGGUGCCAUUUUAUUUUAGCUGCAUUUGUUAUUAUUAAUAAAGAUUAGUCAUAGUGAUUUUUAAGUUUCAGUCAGAAAAUUGUGCUCGUUUAAUUUCUUGGUUCAUUAUUGCAUACAAGAAGGAGUUGGAGCAAAAUACAUUGUGGCUUAGUGGAGGAUACAUGGCAUUCCUCAUAUACAACUGGUGGCUUCCAGCGACCAUCUUCCAGACCAUACGUUUAAAGUAACCUGGCGUGCCUAUAUCUCACACUAAAGCGGACAGGUCAGAUGUGUCGUGCAGUGGUCUCUGCUCCAGUCUUUCUAAAAGUUCCUGUAAACUGGUAGAGUAGAUGAGCUGAGCCUUGGGGUAAUGGAUUCUUAAAGAUGAGUUGUGAUUGAACUCAAGAAAGCCAUGUGGUAGCGACUGUUAUUACUGUUAUGAUCAUCAUUACUUAUUAUUAUUAUUAUUAAUAUUAAUAUUAUUAUCAUUAUUAUUGUUAUUAUUAUUGUUAUCAUUAUGUUAUUAUUAUUAUUUUAUUCUUAUUAUCUUUCAAUAUGUUGUUGCUAUUAUUAUUAUUAUUAUUAUUAUUAUUAUUAUUAUUAUUAUCGCUGUCAUUAUUAUGAUUUAGUCUCAUUAUUAUUAUUAUAUUUUACUUUUACAUUUUCUCAGGUACUGUAUGUAGGAAGAAAAAAGUUAUUUAUUAAGGAAUUUCUUAACGGGGACAUGAGAAAUCAGCUAGAAGAGGACUAUUCACUUGCUCUUCCAGUGCAGUUUUAGACUGAGAAGUAAAAGUAUGAUACAGACAAUAACAGUGAAGUUCUCCCAGGAAACACAAGUCAGUAGACAAAAUACUCAUAAAAAACCAAGAUGCUAGAGGUGCUUUGAUGUACAUAUAAGCUGGGUUUGCGACAACCCAAAUGUCAUGUAUAUCCUGUCUUAGGAACUAUGUUUUUAUAGUAAAAGAUAAAAAAAAACUAAAUUAUAGAGUAACCAUUAUGUAGUCAAUGUGUACUGAGGUACUUUUAUAUUUUUUAACAUCAUCCCAUAGAUUAAAAAAAAAAAAAAAAGUCUGGG